AGUAUACUAUCAGUAGUGCUAGUCCAGUGUACUGUGUGUUGGUCUGAAUUAACCAUGAUGAUCUUGGGGUAUUGGGAUAUCAGAGGGCUGGUUCAUUCUAUCCGCCUCCUGCUGGAGUAUACUGAGACCCCAUUUGAAGACAAGCACUAUAUGGUGGGAGAUGCUCCCACUUAUGACCGCAGUCAUUGGCUUGAUGAAAAGGAGAAGCUUGGAUUGGAUUUUCCUAAUCUUCCAUACCUGUUGGAUGGCGAUGUCAAGCUGACUCAGAGCAACACCAUCCUGCGCUAUAUCGCAAGCAAGCAUGGAUUGUGUGCUGAAACUGAAAAAGAUAAGAUCAUUGAAUCCCUACUUGAGAACCAGUUUUUGGAUUUUCGGAUGGGUCUUGUGCAUAUUGCCUACAGCCCACAAUUCGAAACUCUCAAGGGACCAUACCUUGAACAACUACCUACAGCCUUGGCACGUGUUUCUAAAGUCCUUGGGGACAGACAAUGGUUUGUAGGAGACAAGAUCACUUUCAUUGACUUUGUCGUGUAUGAUGUUUUGGACCAGCACCAGAUGCUAGAGCCAACUUGUCUUCAAAACUUCCAGAACUUGCAGGACUUUCUGAACCGGUUUGAGGCUCUUCCUACUAUUGCUGCAUAUAUGAAGUCUCCUCGCUUUAUGAAGACCCCCAUACAUAAUCGGAUGGCAUUCUGGGCUAACAAAAAAUAAGUUGCCUCUAAAUCAAAUCCGUGUUUACAUCCCAGUCUAAGUUCUCAGUAAUCCCAUCUUUUAUUCCUACAUCUUAAUUUCAUGUAAACUGCUAACAAUAAAUCCACACUAACUACUGCUACUUCUUCGGAUUACUCAAACUGUCA